GUGGAAAAAAGUCACGGUCACACUGCUCAUGGCGUCUGUUCUUCGCCAACGAAUUUUUGUUUUUAAUUAUUUUGCUUACAAUUUUCACCGAUUUGCCUAAUUUUUCGACAACUGGGAGCCUAAGAUGGGCUCCUCCAAGAAGCACAAGAAAAACAAGUCGGAGCGACGCGAGAAAUAUGAAGAAUACAGUCAGCACCAGGACCCGGCUCAGCUGCAACGAGGUCUAAAGCUUAUCCUUAAGGUGGGCUCGAAUGCCACGCCGGAGUACAGUGCCAAUUCACCAAUGGUAGACGGAGGACCGCCUACAGCAGCCGAGGCCAUGAUGUCGCCAGUCCCCGAGGAACUUCAAGAUCACCAGGGCCACCGCGAGCGCCACAAGAAGUCGAAGAAAAAAAAGAAGAAGAAGGAUCGCGAGAAGAAGCACAAACACCACAAGGAGAAGCGCCACAGGAGCAGAGAUCGACAUCGGGACGCUGGAUCGGACGAUGAUAUGAUGGCCGGCGCUGACGAUGCCGCUUGCAGUGGAUUCGCUCCAUCGUCGGUCGCUCCACCGGCCGCCGAUCCCGAUUCUAGCCAAGAUGGAUUUAGCUUUAUGGACGAUGAUCAGUCACAACCGCUGCCAGAGAAUAUUUUGUUCUUCGCCGGCAUCACCACGGAUAACUCGCCAUCAAACUGCCCCGUAACAAAGCCAAUAGCUCCACGCAAGCUGGAUGAUAUUCUGAUGGGCUCUUCGCCCAACUCGUCGUCGUUGCAAUCUUCCUCCCUGGGCUUGAUAGGCAGCAGUCCCACCAAGCCACUGCCCGACCUUUUAAUACCUUCACCGUCGACGCCAGGAGGAGCCAACUCCCUUAAUGCCCUUACACCGAAGGCUCUCGAGGCGCCAAAGACGCCCAGUAGUUCCAGUGAGUCGGGUAGGGAGCCCCGAAGCUGUGUGCUCAAGCUAAAGCAGCAGAAAUCGCCGUUAAACAAACUUCUGGAGCACCUGUUGCGCUUCCUGGAGAAGCGGGAUCCCCACCAGUUCUUCGCGUGGCCGGUGACCGAUGACAUGGCGCCCGGUUACUCUUCAAUAAUCAGCAGACCCAUGGACUUCUCCACUAUGCGACAGAAGAUUGAUGAUCACGAGUAUACCGCUUUGACCGAGUUCACUGAUGACUUUAAGCUGAUGUGCGAAAAUGCCAUCAAGUACAACCACGUAGAUACGGUUUAUAACAAGGCAGCUAAGCGUCUACUUCAAGUUGGAAUGAAACAUCUGCAACCUGAGAACUUAAUGAGAAGCCUGAAACCACUGUCUGCUUAUAUGAGGGAGCUUACAGCCAGAGAACUUGGUUUUGAGUUAAGUUCGAACGAUUUGUCGAGGGAAAAUAACGAUUCGGCGGAUGAAGGAGCUUCAACGGGAGCGGAGGAGCCACGCACUCCUGCUCAGCUGGAGGAGGAGGAGCGCAAGCGAACUCUUCGUUUGGAGAAUGCACCCAAAACACAUUUCGAGCCUUAUGUAGACGAUUUAACGGGCGAAGAGAUCCUGGCGCAAGUGCAAAAUGCUGCCCAACAGGCCAAACAAAGAGUGAAUGCCAAGAAAAAUGCCCACAAGAUGGGUUUCCUGCGUCAAACGAAGGAUGGCAGCACCACCCUGAAUCUGGUGAUCAAAGAGGAAAACGAGGGUCCUGAAAGGGUAGUAACAAUUGGUGAUCUAGUUGGCAAACUGCAAAAGGGAAGCGCACAGCUACAGACGCGACAGAUUGACAAAAGGAAUGCCGUGCGGCCAGUGAAAUCCUUAAACUACGGAGCCUUUGCCAGCUUUGCGCCCACCUUUGAUUCCCGCUUUUCCACGCUGAGUGCCGAAGAAACGCAAUUGGUUUUGCGUACGUAUGGAGAUGCCUCCAGUGCGGAAUAUGCGGAGAGCAUCUUACAGUUCACCAAAGACUCUAGUUACGGGACCACAAUUGCAAAUGGUUUGCUGGAUAUCCUUACCAACGGAGAGCACAGCAAAUCCCUAGAUGAACUAUACAACAUGCAGCUACAUUCAUACGAGCAACGUGAGAUUGAAAAGUGUUUUGAACAGGAGGAGGAAACUUCCAACCAGCAGGAAACCACCGCCCAAAUUGAGCAAGAAUAUGAAAAAUACAAAAACACACUUGUGGACUUUAAGGGAUUGCAAUCUCUUGGUGAACUUGGCAUCGAUGUGAGCUUCUUAGACGGCAUGGAGGCUGAAAUGAAGAGCUACGAGCUCAAUCGUCGCAUGCACGAGCAUCUUAGUCAAAACUUGACGCUAAUCGAGAAGCUGCGAGUGGCGCAGCACGAUCGUUUGUCACAGCCUUUGCCGAAUCAUCUGGGUCUGGUGCAGCCCGCCGGUCAGGAGGAGACCCAAACUGCCCAGCAAUUGACGCAGCAGAUCAGCGAUUUGGCUAAGAAGUUGCCGCCUUCCGCCAUCGCCGAUCCCUAUGCCUUGCGAAAAGCCAUGGGCAUGUCCUUUGCUGGCUUGCCACCACCUCGACCCGUUUCUCCGCGCGUCCAGCUGCCUGAGCUGCUCCAACAGCCGGUGGCCCUGCCACAGUUGCAACCUGUGGCCAUGGAGAUCGACGAGUCUGAUGAACAGCAUGGCGGUGGAGAUCUGGAGAACGAACUGCGCGAGUUCCUCGAGAGCGGAUCUGGUCUCCAUUCUGCCAAUCCGGCGGAUGACAACAGCAUUGUUGCCCAGCUGUUGCUGAACUAGGAGAUCGGGAAAUCUCCAAGACGCGCGCUAUGUUUAUAAUGUAAGAUAAUGAAAUUUCUCUAAAUUAUUUUCAUAUAUUCAAUGCGUUGGCACUCUAAAUAAAAAUUAAGCUAAUAUUAAAGAA